AUGAGAGGUGUGGGCAGACUUUUGCCUACAGGAGUUGUCCGUGCCGCCACUUACGGCCCGUCAUUUGAUUAUUCGAAGAUGCUGUUCAACUUGCAUAGGACAUCACUGGCUGACACCAACAAAACGUCAGGCCUUUGCAACAGUAGUAAUCACAGAGAUCACAAUAGGCUCUAUCCGACAUUUAAUUGUCAAGAUGAGCUUGGCUACACAACACGACGUCGUAAUUUUGGCAGGCGAAGUUGGUCUUCCACUGGAAAAUCACCAUUCCCAGAAAAGCAGUGGCUACUGAAUCAUUGUGAUGGCAGUGAAUCUCAAUUGUUGAAUCAACAAUCACAACACAGUAGAAUUGUCUCUGUGGCGGGAAUAUGUAGAACUCUCUCGGACAGCUUAAAGGACCACUUUCGUGUUGGUGUUAACAGGCCCUCUACACCACUGAAUACCCCCAACACCAAAAAGAGUGAAUCUAUUGUCACUCCUGACUCUGCUGUAAAAGUGGAGCCGAACCCCUCCAAUGAAGACUGUGAUUUUCACACACCCUGGAGGCGCCAGCCAUCUCACCGUUAUGAGCCCCAUGAGGAUGAAAGUAGACAAAAAUGUUGCUUAAAGCACUGUCAAGCUCAUGCAUCACUUGAAGGUGCGGUGACUGCUCCAAACCCUCCUCAUAACUCAGAUUCACAAGUUGUGAGGAACGUGUCACGGGGAUCAGUACGAAGUUUGGAUGACAACUUCUUGCGUCAGAUUGAUUGCAAAUUCUUCGCUCCACUUGGCCUCAGGGAUAAGAGGGUGUUACUAAAUGUGGGUGGAUCACAGCAUGAGGUGUUGUGGAAGACAUUGGCUCGACUUCCCAACUCACGUCUCGGUCGUUUGUGUCGUGUCAAAUCGCAUGCAGAAUUGAUGUCUCUGUGCGAUGAUUACAAUCUUGCAAAGAACGAAUUCUUCUUCGAUCGAAAUGCCACAUCGUUUGACGCAAUCCUCAACUUCUAUCGAACUCGAGUAUUGCACUUGGUUGACGAUAUGUGUGUUGUAGCCUUUAAGGAUGACAUGGAUUACUGGGGCAUCAAUGAGCUCUACCUUCAUCCCUGUUGUCAACAACGCUACCACCAACGGAAGGAAGUUGUUGAAGAUGAGAUUAGGAAGGAAGAGCUGUCACUGCGAUGGUUACAGGAUGAGGAGGGCUUGCAUGGCAACACCUCCAUUUCAAAGACUCGCUUGAAGAUAUGGCAAAUUGUUGAAAAGCCGCAUUAUUCUAUGACUGCUAGGAUAUUCGCUGUGGUUUCCAUCGUCUUUAUCAUCAUUUCAACUGUCAGUUUGACAAUUGGCACUCUGCCACAAUUUCAGCCCAACAUCACAGAUUUGCGUAAGUCGUCGGACCUCUUUCUCUCCUGGUGUCAAGAGGUGAGCGGUGGCGAAAAUGUGGACGAUAUUGUCUGUGAGAAUCCCUAUCUUAAGGUUGUGGAAUUCAUUUGCAUCGCCUGGUUCACCCUGGAGUACUUAAUUCGUCUGUGGGCCUGUCCAAAUCGGUGUCGUUUCUUUAAGGACUCCCUAAACACCAUCGAUCUUAUCGCCAUCUUUCCCUUCUACGUCCACCUCAUCAUAGUGGAAGUGGCCUCAAGGAAUAAAUUUAAGCCACUGGGUUCAGUGCGCAAAGUGGUACAAAUGUUUCGUAUUUUGAGGAUUGUACGCAUAUUCAAACUUGCUCGACACUCAACAGGUCUCCUCUCCCUCGGCUACACUUUUCGCAGAUCCUACAAAGAAUUGGGCCUAUUGAUGACAUUUGUUGCCAUGGGAGUGAUACUCUUCUCCAGUCUUGUCUAUUUUGCUGAAAAAGAUGAAAAUGGAAAGAUGUUUAAGAGCAUACCUUCAGCCUUUUGGUGGGCUGCUAUCACCAUGACAACCGUGGGAUAUGGUGAUAUGCUACCUCAGACACCGAUUGGCAAAGUGAUUGGCUCAGCGUGUUGCAUUUGUGGAGUUUUGGUGGUGGCUCUACCCAUUCCCAUUAUUGUCAACAACUUUGCUGAAUACUACAAGGAGCAAAUGCGACGUGAAAAGGCUCUGAAACGCAGAGAUGCAUUGGAGAGAGCGCGACUUUCGGGAAGUCUCUUCUCCUUUGAGUCGGACCACCCCUUCAAAGAGGAGGUGAGGAAGAAUGAGGCAUAUGGAAUGGAUAAGUCAACACCAGCCAAUAUAGACCAACCGACUUCAAGCCUUUCUGUGCAUUUGGAGGAAGGAGUGGUGAAGACCAGAGACGGUAGGCCUAGCCAUGCCAUGUUGAAAAGUUGCGAGGGGAGGCGACAAUCUGAGGAAGGGCAAACGACCGACACAGCAGCAGAAUCCACUUGCAUCAUGGAGACGGCAUCGGACGUGUCUCCAAAGUGGACAAAUCCUGUGGCUGGAUCUUGGGCCUAUCCUCGAAUCGUAAUUGAAGGUGAACAACAGCAGCGACCCACAAUUUCACCUAAUAACUGGCAGACUGCAGUACAAGGCCUAUCUUCACAGCGAGAGAAGGACUUUUACUGUCAUAAAUUGCGACACAUUCAUUUGCGAACUGUGAAUGGAAGAAGAGUUGGGACUCGACCUGUUCGGAAGCUUCGAAGACAGGAACGGUUCACAGUGGAGCAGAACCAACGCCGAUUCUCCUCCCCCAUUGCCUCACAUGGACUGAAGACCGCUACUCCUGAGGUACGGUCCCUUUCCAUCUCCACUGCACCAAGUGGACUAACCAAUAAAGCAUUGUCUUCUUGA